UCAAGAUGGUGUCCAUCCAGAAACAAUCUGUGGUCUGUGUCAUGAUGGCUUGGCAAGCACAGUGGUCCUCCUUGACCGUCGGGUGGAUGGCCAGCAGCAAAUCAGAUCUCUCAUGGAGGCAGGGAAGAUAGCAGCUGCUGCUGGAGAAGCUAACUCUUUAGCCAACCUCCAUCUUCAUGACAAUGGCUUUUUUGAUCCAUUGGAUGAUGCUGCAUCAGGGAGUAAGGAAGAGAAGCUGUAUGAGGCCCAGCACCCACUGAGGGCGGCUGCUGUGGUGACGCGGCGAUGUCGUGGAAGGCCAAAGAAAGGCCAGCAGAAAGUGAAGACGAUCUCAGAGCCGAAGACUGAAGACGCAGCAGCAGAAGGCCGGCCUCGCCGCAAGACAACCCUGCCUUCCAGAUGGCAACUUCAUCCUUCGUGGCAUCGACAGCCUCAGCAACAUCAAGGCUCUGGACAGCAUCAAGCAACAACAAACUCUGCUGCUCCCGCAAACUUCCAUGUUUGUGACUGCCAAAGACUCAGGCAACUUCCUCAUGGGCGCCGCUGACGCUCAGGGACUCGAAUUUUCAUCCAUCAAGAUGGAUGAAAUCACACAUAACUUUACAUCCAUAAAGAUGGAUGAAAUCUCGGAGCAUAACCUGUCGUCCAUCAAAAUGGAUGAAAUCUCGGAGCACAACCUGUCGUCCAUCAAGGUGGAUGAAAUCACUCAUCAUAACCUGGCAUCCAUCAAGAUGGAUGAAAUCCCGCAGCACGACCACUACGCAGGGAUCCCUGAUGCAAUGCGGACCAACGAUGUCAAUUUUGGCUACCCCGUCUUGCCGUCAACGUCUGUCGUGGGCAUCAAUUAUGCCGUGAUGUUGCCGUCUGCUCUCAACGACGGCAUGCAACGGACACAGUCGUCCCAGGGGGACUUUCAUCAGCAGCAACAGUCGUCCCAGGGGGACUUUAUGCAAGAGCAACAGUCGUCUCAGGGGGACUUUAUGCAAGAGCAACAGUCGUCCCAGGGGGACUUCAUGCAAGAGCAACAGUCGUCCCAGGGGGACUUCAUGCAAGAGCAACAGUCGUCCCAGGAGAAUUUUUUACAUCAACAAGAAUCGUCCCAAAGAGACUUUUUGCAGCAGCAACAGUCGUCCCAAGCAAGCUUUAUGCAUCAACAGCCCUCCCAAGUGAACUUUUUACAAUCGUCUCAAGGUAACGCGACACAACAGCAAGAACGAUCUUCAUUUCUUGAUACGUCCUGCCUAGUAGAACCCUUGUCGCUGCUCAGCACAGAACUGCAGAACCCACAUUUUCAGGACAAUAAAUUAGACCUUCACCACAGCGAAUCAGAAAUAGGCGAGUUCUCUUAUGAAGACCAAGCGCUGUCCCAACACCUGCACAAAACCACGUCCCAGACUCAGCGCCUGACAGUCAAGCCGCCCCUGCUGCAGGCGCCGGCGCAGGGGGCCCAAGGGGGUAAGGCGGCGGCCUGCAAGGAUGAGGACCUCAGCAAGGCCCCCCAGCUGCGGGUGCCCGGGCCCAUAAGGGUGCCAGGGCCCCGCAGGAAGGCCCGUCACAAGUGCCCCAUCUGCGCCAAGUUGUUUGUGAAGGAAGGACGCUUCAGGAACCACGUCGCCAAGCACGGGGCAGCGUUGGUGCAGUGUUUGGACUGCAAACAGAAGUUCACCAGUCAGAAGCUGCUGUAUGUGCACCAGCAGGAGCACCAUCACUCUGGCGUGGGCAUCGUGGAGGCCGGGGCGGGCGGCGGCCGGAGCGUCGACACGAAGCUGCACUGCAAGAAAUGCCCCGACGAGCGCUUCACGUCAGUCGCUGACUACGAGAGCCAUAUCAACACAGCUCACACAGGCGCGUUGCGACGCCACGCCUGCCCUCUGUGUGACAAGAAGUUCCUGUAUGACUACAGCCUACGCAGCCACACAGAGCUGUGCCACACACAGCCUGACCAGGAGUCAUGUGGCAGUGGCAUGUGGCGGCGGCACACAUGCCCGGAGUGUGGCGAGGUGUUCCGCCACCUCAGCUCACUGGCAUACCACCGUGAGAGCUGCCACACCAGCGGCCGCGUCUUCGUGUGCGCCACAUGUGGCGUCGUCUUCAAGCACCGCCAGCUGCUGCAGCGCCACGCCGCCGUCCACUCGCACCUCAGACCAUACAAGUUCCGUGACUCGGUGGCAGGCGAGGCGUUCGAGCAGCUGGUGGAUGGAGCUGCCACCGCUGACGCUGCCACCGCUGAUGCUGCCACCGCUGAGCCCAGCAUCGUGGUGGCCGCUGAGGACCAGCCGCUGCCACCUGCACAGCUGCCGCUGUCCAUCAACAUCGAGAUCUUGGAACAGGGUGACUUGGGGGAGGGGUGA